AUGUCGCACUCUCACAGCCGUCCGUCACCUGGUCACUCCUUCUCUUUCAUGCCUGCGGUCGACCACAAUCCAUCCUCUCGCAAGCGACGCGCUCCCUCUUCAUCUGAACACGCUGCUGACGAGUGUCGUCCUCCUUCUCCGAAAAGACACCAGCCUUCGCCCUCUGCUCAUCGCCAUUACCAACCGAGCCCUGGCUUCUGGGAUCGACUUUCGCAAGUACAGCUCAGCCGGCAAGCCCUGCGAGAGUUUGACGACAGGACACGAAAUUGCAGAGAUCGAGCCACUCCUGCUCCUUCUAGUGCAUUGCUUCUCGAGCUACCUGAGGAACCUGAUAUUAAGCGACUCCAGCGAUUUGCCCGUCGUGGUGGUCCCGUCCUCACACAUCUUCGUGGAUUUGCACUUGCUCCUUUUCCGAUGAGUGCCUCCAGCGGUCAAAGUCUGAAGCGAUCAUCGGCCUCUAGUCGCACGAGAUCGACGAAAACCUCAAAGACUACGCCCUACAGUGGCCAGUACGAACAGGCCUUGAUCGAUGCACACGUCUAUCCUGAAGGCCACGAUUAUGAUGGCGACGACGCGCCUGUCCCUACAAACUACGAAGACAUCUUGCGACACCUGAGCGCGGAAAGAGCAUCACUGUCUCCAUCGCGCUUUACGGACGAGGACUUUAGACAGUUCAAGCGGACCAAUGCCCAAGCCCGUAGCGAAACGAGGAUGAUGCAGAAAGUACUGCUUGGCAUCAGCGGCCGAGAUGAUCAUUGGAAGACUGAGGGGGACGUCGAGUUCAACCACAUCAAGCCGUUCAACAAAGACCUUGCGGCAGCUAAGCCUGACCUGUACGACGGGGUUGCUGCCUCUAAGGUUGACAAGAAAGUGCGCGAUCAGCUCGGUGACCUGAUCAUCCCAUCCACGAACACAACCAACCCUAUAGCACCCAACUUCUUCUUCGAAGCCAAGAGUGAGAAGGGUCGUGCGGAUGUGGCCAAGAAGCAGGCGUGUCACGAUGGAGCAAUUGGUGCCCGAGCCAUGCAGAGCCUACAGAACUAUGGGGCCGACGAGGUGGUCUACGACGGCAAUGCGUAUUCAUUUACCACUACCUAUCUCGACGGACAAUUGAAGAUGUACACCUCGCAUCCAACAGCACCGCAGACCACUGGGGAACAGGCGGAGUAUCAUAUGACACAGGUCAAGGCAUUCGCAAUGACGAGCGAUCGAGAGACAUUUCAGAAAGGCGCCACCUACUAUCGCAAUGCCCGCGACCUUGCUGGCGCCCAGCGAGAGAGCUUCAUCGAGCAGGCUAACAAGCGUGCGGCUCAAAUGCUGGCCGAUACCCCAUCUAGCACGCAUGUCAGCAGCCAUACGUCUCUGUCCAUGUCGGUGCCUCUGGAGGGCGACUCAGACACCUCGGUAGAUGAGCUGGCCCUGAGUCCAGCCCGUUCCAAGCGUUCUCGGCAUGGGUCGACACAAAUGAGACGAUCUGACUCAGUCGUGGCUGCAGCGGUGCCAGGUUCACAAGAGUUGUUCGACACGCAAAGCACGCAAGACACGGACACUAGCUUCCGUACAAGUCGAUCCCAGCGACAGACUCCAUCCAUCACACGGUCACCAACAGAAGUCACUCCCUACAAGGCGAAGCUGAAGCAGAAGCUUGGACGAUCGUUCGAGCGAGGGGAAUAG